GUAAAAUAAUAUACAUCUCAAGUUCACUUGAUAAUUUUCUCAUCUAAUAUUAGUUCUUUAUCAAAAAGAAAAAUGGCUUCUAAGAAUGCAACACUCAUUGUAGGACUUUUAUUAUUAUUAGUUAUGGUUGUUCUCAUUAUUCCUUCAAAGGUUGCUGCUGCUAGAGAUUUUCCUGAGAUAAUUUCCUCUAACGCUAAAGCAGAAAAAAUAUCAAAAUCAAAUGACAAUGAAGUUGAAGGUUCUGGUGAGAUAGGAGGAGUUAAGCUGGAUGUUCCACCAGAAAAGUGGAAAAGAAAUGCUGGAUCAUUAGAUAAGACUGAGAAACUACCAUCUACAGAAAUAUGGGAAAGAAAUUAUGGAUCAGAAGGGUUUCCACCGUGCCGCGUGUGGUGCUGUGCCCCUUGGGGCUGUUCUUGUUGCAAGAAGAAACCACCACCUUCUAGUACCGUCAGACUUCUAAUUAAAAAUCACUGAAAAAUAUAAUUAUAUAUAAGAAGAAUGUUUGAAGACCAAUGCAUUUAAGUAUAUAUAAAAAAAAUGGAUUAAUGUUUACUUAAAUGUAAAA